UCGCCAGGAGGAGGAGGUAUUCUAUGCCCACUAACUUCAUUACGCAAAUUCCAAGUCUUUUUACAAACACCGUCACAAUAAAGAGGCGUUUCACAACGAGUAAUUCCUCUUGUACAAGCUUAAUUUUAAAUAAUUUUAUAGAUAAUAUUUGCCACUCAAUAUCAUAUAUUUUUAAAUCUACCUUCUCCUUCCUUAACGCCAUAUGUUAGUAUACCACCACCAAUUCCUCCACCUUUUUUUGUUAAUUCAUCAAGUUGUUUUCUAGCUGCAGGAUCUGAACUCUUUUUGAGGCAAACACCUCUAUUUGUGGAAGGAUCUGGGUCUGGUCUGCAUUCCUCCAUUCCUCUCGUUUCUUCACAUCCAGAUGGAGGAUUUACAGUACACAAUUAUAAAAAUAAAUAAUUAAAUGUUGAUAUUAAAUUGGUUUAUAUGACAUAAUGAACUGUUUACAAGGUGCUUAUUUUAUUUAGAAAAAUACCUAUUACCAUACUUCAAAUUAAUUUCCCACCUCUCAUCCCCCCAAUGCCCAUUAUUCUUUAAGAAAAAUAAAUUUUUAACUAGACUUACUAAAAGUGCUAAAUUCAAAAGGUGAUCCUUGAGGUACUUGUUUACAUUGACUUCCAUCACAUA